AUCUUCCGAUUGCUCGAGCGGGGCCCCGCGGCAGAACAAGCCCGAGCUGCCCAGCUGCCCAGCUCAAGGUGGACCCGCCGCUGGCGGAGGGUCAGCGCAGAGGUCCCGCAACUCACGGCGCAGGUCGGGAGGCUGCCGCUGGUGCCCGGUGCGGUGUCCAGGUGCGCCCGCUAUCCUGGGCAGGCUGCGGGCAGUGGCGCUGCUCCCGCUCCCGGCUGCUCGCCGGCAGAGGCAGGAAGAGCACGGGCAGCCCCGCUGCUCCCCGGGGGCUCCCCGGUUGGCGCGGGCGCAGCUGUCCCCCCUCUCCCGCCUCAUUUGCAUGGCUCUUAUUACGGCCGUGCCUCGCUCCUGCCGCUCUGACACCGGCGGGCUGGAGCGGCGGAGUCGCCUCCAGCGGGAAGUGCACUUCCGUUAUCUGCGCUCCCGCACCCCGGCUCGCCCGCUCCCCCUCCUCAGCUAGCUCUCUCUGGAUGUUUAAGGCAAGGAUGAACAAACAGAUCCAGCCCGACCGCAAAGUGUCGGUGGUGGCCCCCUUGCCGGAGCGCGCGGGGCCGCCGCCGCCGCGGAAGGACGUGGAGCUGAUCCUGGUGAAGGAGCACAACGGAGUGCAGUACACCAGCAGCAACCUCCUGCCCGCCGCCCCGAGACACGGACCCCCUGACAGAGAGACCUGGGGCAAGAAGAUCGACUUCCUCCUCUCCGUCAUCGGCUUCGCCGUGGACCUGGCGAACGUUUGGCGCUUUCCGUACCUCUGCUACAAAAAUGGAGGGGGUGCUUUCCUUAUUCCCUAUAUCCUCUUUUUAAUAAUUGCUGGAAUGCCCCUGUUCUAUAUGGAAUUAGCACUGGGACAGUAUAACCGAGAAGGGGCUGCCACUGUGUGGAAAAUCUGUCCAGUUUUCAAAGGUGUAGGCUAUGCAGUGAUACUCAUAGCCCUUUAUGUGGGAUUCUACUACAACGUUAUUAUAGCUUGGUCUCUGUAUUACCUAUUUUCAUCAUUCACAUUUGAGCUCCCCUGGACACACUGUGACAACAGUUGGAACAGUCCAAACUGUACAGAUCCCAAACUCUUCAAUGCAUCAGUGCUUGGCAACGGUACCAAAUACUCGAAGUACAAGCUCACUCCUGCAGCUGAAUUUUAUGAGCGAGGAGUUCUGCACCUGCACGAAAGCCGUGGAAUCCAUGACCUUGGCUUGCCUCGCUGGCAACUUUCCCUCUGCCUUUUGGUGGUGGUUAUCAUUCUUUUCUUUAGUCUGUGGAAAGGCGUGAAGACUUCAGGAAAGGUCGUUUGGAUAACAGCCACUUUGCCUUAUGUUGUAUUAUUUGUCUUGUUAAUACAUGGAAUAACCCUGCCUGGUGCAUACAAUGGAAUAAAUGCGUACCUGCACAUUGAUUUCAGAAGAUUAAAAGAAGCCACAGUAUGGAUUGAUGCAGCUACUCAGAUAUUUUACUCCUUAGGAGCCGGAUUUGGUGUUUUAAUUGCGUUUGCCAGUUACAAUAAGUUUGACAACAACUGUUACCGGGAUGCUUUGCUGACUAGUACCAUUAACUGUGUCACAAGCUUCAUCUCAGGAUUUGCAAUUUUCUCCAUAUUGGGCUACAUGGCUCAUGAGCACAAAGUUAAAAUUGAGGAUGUAGCUACUGAAGGAGCUGGUUUAGUUUUCAUCCUGUAUCCAGAGGCAAUUUCAACUCUUUCAGGAUCUACAUUUUGGGCUGUGGUAUUCUUCAUCAUGCUCCUUACUCUUGGUAUAGACAGUUCUAUGGGUGGAAUGGAGGCUGUCAUCACUGGCUUGGCGGAUGAUUUCCAAAUUCUGAAGCAGCACAGAAAGCUCUUCACCUUUGGUGUUUCUUUCGGCACUUUUCUACUUGCCCUUUUUUGCAUCACCAAUGGUGGAAUUUAUGUGCUCACACUUCUGGACACGUUUGCAGCUGGGACUUCGAUAUUAUUUGCAGUUCUAAUGGAGGCAAUUGGAGUUUCCUGGUUUUAUGGUGUGGACAGAUUCAGUGAAGACAUCCAGCAAAUGAUGGGCUUCAAGCCAGGCCUCUACUGGAGACUGUGUUGGAAAUUUGUUAGCCCUGCUUUUUUAUUGUUUGUUGUGAUAGUCAGCAUAAUAAAUUUCAAACCUCUGACCUAUGAUGACUACACCUUCCCUCUCUGGGCAAAUCGCAUUGGCUGGGGAAUAGCAUUGUCUUCCAUGAUACUUGUGCCUGCCUAUAUUAUCUAUAAAUUCAUGAAUGUGCGUGGGACCUUUAAAGAAAGACUAGCUUACUGCAUCACACCUGAAAAUGAGCACCAACUCGUGGCCCAAGGAAAUGUCAGGCAGUUUAAGCUUCAACACUGGCUAACAAUAUGACAACCAACAGGUUGAGGAAAAAGCCAAUAUAUUAAGGUAAACUGCGAAUACAGAAAAGUCAACUUCAAAGCUCCCUCGAUUAUGCUUGGACCAGGCUGGCUCAGAGCUUAUCUACUGACUCUUUGAGGGAAGACAUCCACUCUCUGUUCUCAAUGCCUCCCUUCUACUACUUGGCUUCAAAUGGUCUUUAAAGACUCUGUUUAAUUUUCCUUACAUCCUUUGGUGCCAUGAGAUCCCUACAUGACCAAAACUUGUGAGUUUUGCUAUUGGUAGAAGUGGAGGAGGAGGGAGCAGAGAAAAAAGCAAUCAACAUAAGUUAAAUGCUCUUUUAGUGUGAAGAAGUCAAUUAGAAUUUUCUGACAGUAAUGAUUACUUCAGAUAUUCAUGCCACGACCUAUUUUAAACCAACAACACCUGAACAUUCUUAGGCGCAAAGAAAGAGUACAUCUCCAUUAUGAGAAAAGAGCAAUUUUAACUAUGUACUAGUAUCAUUAGCUUUCUUGCCAUACUAUCUUUGGGGAUAUAAACUGAAAACUCAUUAUUACAUUUUCAGUGGUUUGAUAUCGGUUUUCUUCUCUUUGUGAAGCAGGUUGUCUCUCCUAUAUAUGUCUAUGCCAUUUCCUGUCCAGUUUAAUUACACAAGCUGAAGAGCAGCAGGAACAGAAUUCCUGUUGUUGACACUAAGUACAGAAUACAGUUUAAUACCACCCUAUACUUCAUGCAAAAUAUAUUCCCUUAUGUUAACAAUUCAAAUAGUUUUAUCAUGCAGUCUACUCCACAGACUUUUUCAGCUAAGUAUGAACGUGACACCCAAAUAAUGACAUUCAUUUUUGUGUUAUAUUUUGUUGCAAAUAAAGAAUGUAAAAUGCAUAGGAAGAGAGAACAAUUUUUUAGAAAUAAUCUACCCAGAAGCACCAAAAUACCAAACUUCGGUUUUAUUAUCCUGCUGUGAAUAUGCUAUUACUAUAAUUUAACCUGGAGUCACCUACAAAACAUAGUGAGAUUGUGUUGAAUAGUCUAGGGUAUUUCCGGCAUACUCAGCUCUCUAAGCAUGUUCCAGCUCUUCUCUCUGGUAGUGUUAUGCAAGGUAGAAGAUACAGAACAAACUGCAUUUGAGUGCUGUUCUAAUUCUGUCGUCACUUACCACUGUAGUAUCUUCUCAGUGAUCACUGGAUCUGGUAGCUUUGAGUUACUUCUUGUACUUAUUUGUCACUACUACUACAGCAAUUUUCAGAGACAGUAGCUUCUCAUGAAUCCAGCCCAGAGUUUACCUCCAGAACUUACCUCUGAUUUUCUUUUGCCUCUAUACAUUGAACUCAUCUUUCAAAUGUACGCAGCAGUUCCUCUUUAAAAAGAUGGAGCUUUUUUAUUUAUAAAACAAUUUUUGUUGAGGUUUUCUUUCUUUUUUUAAAAAUAGCCCUAUUUAAAAGUCCUAAGUGAUUUUGGACUUUUCCGUUUAACACUAAUUUCUGUUCACAAUAAUGGAAAGGAAACUUCCUUACUCACCUUUCUUCUCCAAUAUCAUCAAUACUUUGGAAUAUAUAACAAACUGUCCUUUUCUUGA